AUGGGUGACCUUCAAGUGGUUAGUGGAAUUAAGAAACAUAACUGUCAAAAUUACAACACGUGGGUGUUGCAUAUGGAGGCAUAUCUCCAAGGCCAAGACUUGUGGGUGAUCGUUAAAGGAAAUGAGGUCACACAACCAAAGGAGGCAGCUGCUCUAAAGAAAUGGAAGAUUAAAGCUGGAAAAGCAUUGUUUGCUAUUCGGGCCACAGUCAAAGAUGAAAUGUUGGAGCACAUCAGGGAAUCGAAGACAUCGAAAGAAGCAUGGGAUACUUUCACAUCAUUAUUCACAAAGAAGAAUGAUGUGAGAUUGCAACUUCUAAAGAACGAGCUUCUCUUUAUCACACAACGCGACAUCACGAUCAGCCAAUACUUUACCAAGAUAAAAUCUCUUUGUUGCAAAAUCUCUACAUUAGACUCUACAGCUGGUUGGCCAAGCCAACCUUCUCUUACUGAAUUAGAAAACUUGCUAGCUGACCAAGAAGCGUUGGCUAAGAAAUUAUUUGUAGUCUCGAUAAAGAGUGACGAAGAAGCACUCUUUAGUAGUAAUAAGAAAGGUCGACCCCGGCCAAGUUCUAGCAAAUGUUCUAGAAGAUAUGAUGACAAAGAUGGUCAUCAUGGAAGCUCCCAAAUAGGGGGAGCUCAAAAGAAAGACAACCGGGGUGGCCAAUUUAAGAGUAACAAUAAAUUUGAUGAAUGGGACGCUGAAGCAUCUUUCGCUGUGGAGGAAGGAGAAUUAGCUCUGGCAGUUACUGUUCCUAGACCAAUUGACUACAAUAAUGAUUGGAUAAUCGACUCUGGCCGCUCAAAUCAUAUGAUAGGGGACAAAGAGAAGUUGCAAAGAAUGACUGAGUACAAAGGUGGUCGUGUGGUAGUGACAACCAACAACUCAAGAUUACCGAUUGCCCAUAUCGGUAAAACAAAAAUAGUACCACGAUUCAAUACAAAUGAAGUAUCACUCCAAGAUGUCUACCAUGUACCUAGAAUGAAGAAAAACUUACUGUCAGUAGCGCAACUUACGACAUCAGGACACCACGUCGUAUUUGCUCCUCGUGAUGUCAAGAUAUAUCAAGACCUUAAGAUUUCUGGAACACCGAUGAUGAAAGGGCGACGUUUAGAGUCUGUCUAUGUAAUGUCAGCAGAGUCUGCUUAUGUAGACAAGACUCGAAAGAGCGAAAACUCAAGGUGA